GUGAACUCGACAAACGUCAGACAGAAUAAAAAAUAAUCACAUCAAUGUUACGUGAAAUCUCAGUAAAUUGAAUGUUCAUAUCCCCUAAAUCUUAUAUGUUUAUCACAUGCUGUGUACGUGAUGUCGACAAACGUCAGGCAAAGAAAAAAAGUUACGUGAAUUUCAGGUGAGAAAAUUUCAAAAUUCAAAAUGGCGAAGCAACUGACUGACUACAAUCCCGAACAGGAUACCAGUGUCAUUGCCAUUGAAGCAUCCGACGAGAACAUAUUGGUGGAAUACCUCAAUUACAGCCAAGAACCGAGCGAAGAAUUUCCGGCAGAGCCCACUGAAGUGCUCGAAAAAACAUUUCAAGGCUUCACUCCAUAUAAAUUAUUGGAAAUUCUAAAGCGGACCGAAACAAAAAUAUUUUACGCAGAGCUAAACAUACAGAAUUGUCAGAGGCGUCACAAUUAAAGUUAGCUGAAAUAGUAGCGAAGCAUCAUAUAUCUCUAGGAAAGAAGACGACAGCGGAGGAUUUGGAAAAAUACAGUCUGGCCAUCGUUACGCUCUUCAAACUAGAAAGAAAGGAGAACUACUAUAUCCCACGCGGUGGUGACCGGAAGAAUCCCGGUGGCAAAAUUGCCAAUAAAAUUGGCAAUUUAAAGCAGAGCAAAAGAAGAAGUGAUUUAAGGGAAGAAGAGCACGUAAAGAAAAUAAAACAAAAUCGUGUUGUUGACGACAUACCGGAUACAGAGGCUACAGUGUGGCUCAGCCUGAAUCUACAGUCUUAAAUAAAUGGCCUACAAGUUUUUCAUCCAGAAAACACCUACUACGUAACCUGAAAGCCGUCCCCCAAUUAUUAAAAAGUUUUCCUCAUUACCGGGACACAUUUGGCUAUCAGCUGAUUGACACAGACUAUUCUCAACUUUUUUUGGAUUUGCCCAAUGGACUGCAAAAACUUAUGACGAUUGGUGAAAGCUUGAAAGUAUAUUUCAAAAAGCGUUCGUACGAUCCAUCAGCAGUCGAUCUGAUGAAAUAUCUUGAUGGUUCCAAUGAAGAUGCCAGGAUCUGCGCUCUACUGCUUUUGUUGAAUACUGUAUUACCACCUAUUUCCGCUGCUGUUCGCUAUAAACUGUAGCCCAGGAAGACACAAUAAUUUUUGUUGAGAACGAAAAAGAGGUUAUCACGAAAAUUGAAAACGUUAAUGCCGGGUACAAAGAGCGCGGACUACCAGUUGCACCUAAGUUAGUAUUUUUUGGCAGUGGGAUAAAUAAUCUCAGUGGUAAAUAUAUGGUGGUAUUCGGUGAUCUGCAUUACGAGCUUACUUCGGCUGCGAGAGCGACGGAUGUAUUAGUCAAACUGACCGCAGUCCUCAACCUACCGUACGCGAAGCUGUCCAAAUUGGUUUGGCAUUUCCUGAGCGGCGUUGUAUAUGAAAUUCCACAGCGAGAGUCUUACGCCAGCAUUAAUCAAUUACGUAAUUUUGUGGAUACAUCGUCAUAGUUUUUAAACAACCAUGUUCGGUUGCAUGCUGGAAAAUUGCAGCAGGUCAUUCAGCAUUGCCAAUGAAUAUCUUCAUCAUAUUAAAAUUCAACAUAUGGUACCAACAACAUUCAAAUACAUAUGUACAGUACAAAAAUGCGGUCAGAUUUUUUCCAGCUACUUUCCCUUCAAAAAACAUAUCGUAAAGCAUCAAUUAACUUCUUUUAAAAGCGAACAUGUUAUGGAUACUAUUACAAAUUUAGUCAUAACUGCCAAUGAUACAUCACCAGAUGAUGUGUCAAUCAAAAAGAGAAAAAAAGAGAACGAAUCACAAGAACCUGGUUGCUCAUGGAAUAGUUUGAAUCAAAUCGAUCGAUCUGCAUUGAACUUUACGCUGAAACAACAUGCAAAAAGCAAUUUCAAUAGGAAGGAUGUUUAUUCGGUGCAAAAUGAUGUAACAGAACUGCUAACGAAACUAUCAAAUCACAUCGUUAGUUUGAACGUGGCCUCAUCCGACAUAGAUAACACUUUCAUAUUCAACAGUACAAUGGAACAAAUAAAAGUGAUGUUUAAAAAUGUAAACUCAGAUUACAAGUUAUUUAAAUACAUUGAGUCUACUAUAGGUUUACAAACACCAUCUGUAAUAACUGUUGAAAACAAUGAACGAUCGGUUUUUCCAAUUCAACAACUAGAAAUAGAUAAAGAGCCUGCAAAAAACUUUCUUAUUAUCAUGCCAAUCUUAUAUCAAAUUAAAACCUUUUUUGAGAGUGAAAAUAUUUUUGAACAGACUAUUGAAAAUCAAACCCGCUUGGAAAAAUCAUCGGUAAUCGCAAACUUUAUCAAUGGUUCCAAAUGGCUGCAAGUGAAAGAGAAAUAUGGCAAUGAGAUUGUGAUCCCAGUUUGGCUGUAUGGGGACGAAUUCGAAGUCAACGACUCCCAGAGCUCACACAGCAAUCGACAUUCAGUGAGCGGAAUCUAUUUUAGUUUCCCAACCAUCCCAGAAACUUACGCUUCGAAGUUGAACAAUAUAUUUGUAGCAGGAAUGUUGAAAAAGAUUGACAUUAAAGACGUCGGUAUAAACAAACUGUUCGGAGCUAUAAUAGAAGUGUUUACACACAUAGAAGUUGAAGGUAUAAAACUAGAAAUUGAAGGAAAAGCAGUGCAAGUAAAAUUCGUAUUAAGCUUGUUACAAGGCGACAAUUUGGGAAUUCAUUCCAUACUUUCGUUCUCCAGCGGUUUGAAUGCAACUUUUCACUGUAGAUUCUGUAGGAGACCCAAAGAGCUUUUUAAAACAGAUGUAGUUGAACAUGCAGAUUGCGCCCGUCGUAGAGUGGAUUAUGAAGAAGAUGUAGAAAUAAAUAAGCUUUGUGAAACUGGUAUUGCAGGAUGUUCCAUUUUCAAUAAUUUACCUUCUUUUCAUGUGACAGAAAACAGAAGUGUAGAUGCAAUGCAUGACUUGUUCAGCACUGGAGUGUGUAAAUAUGGACUCGUUUAAGUGUUGAACAACUUUAUCUAUACUAAAAAAUAUUUCACUCUGAAAAUUUUAAAUACUCGUAAGAAGGACGUCGCGGAGUUAUCAAUUAAUAAUGAGCUCUCUCGAAUGCCCGAUAUAACCGAAUCAUUCAACAGUAAAGACAAACGUCGAUCAGUUUCGUUCAGAACAACAUCAAACGAGAUGCUCGUAUUUUCUCAAAAUUUUAGUUUAAUAAUCCAGUGUGGAAUUAUGCCAUUACGUUGAUACAGAUGGUUGAUCUAUGUUUGAGUUCAUCGUUCUCUCUUGAAAAUAUCGAUGAAUUGAGAUGUUUGAUUGCAUCUCACCACACCUUAUACAAAGACUUAUUCAAAAGAGAUCUCACCCCGAAACAUCACUUCCUAGUGCACUAUCCUAGCAUAAUUCUCUCAUCAGGACCAAUUUAUAAGAUGAUGUGUUUCCGUAAUGAGGCUAAACACAGAGGAUUCAAGCGGUAUGCACAUGUGAUGGCUUCUAGGAAAAACAUAUGUUAUACAUUGUGCGUCAAAUCAUAUCUACAAUUUUCAAACGAUGUUCUUAAUAACACCUUUUUCAAAACUAAUGAGUCCAACAACUUUUAUUUGUCAGAUUUGAGAUUAAGGAACUACUUUCAUAAGUUAAUUCAACCCUUAAUAAUUGCCACGCAGUUCCAUGUUUUACUUUCCAGUUUUUUUACUCAUAAGAAUACAAAUUAUAAGACUGGUCAGUUUGUAGCGAAGUUCUACUCUAAUAACAUUCUGUUGUAUGAAAUCAUAGAAGGAUUAUCAUUCGAAAAUAAAUAUUAUUUGGUUCUUCACAGGUGGAAAGCUGGAGACUUUCACGAACAUUAUCAAGCUUACGAAUGCUUAGUUAGGACCGAGAUAGUUGAGAUUAUGAAGCAGAUUUUUUUUCUAGCCCUCCAUUUUCAAUCAUAAUUAUUGAUCGGAUCAUAAAUGAUGAAAUCGCAGGUAAAAAAAUGUUGUUUAGAAAAAACAGAUUAUUUAACAGCACUGCAGAACAAUAAACGUACAAAAUAAGUUUGAUGCCUGUAAUACAGAAGCAAUAAAAACGUUUACA